AUGCCUUUCACAUUAUGGUUUACAGACGCUUAUUACUAAUAUGGAAAUUGCGUAUAGUAGGCACGUGUGUACUUUUAAAUCUAAACCUUUUUUACUGAUGUUUAUUCUGUGAUCGAGUAGCUUUAGUUAAUAUAACAUGUUGAUAUAUGUGGGUAAAUAUCUUGACACUAUCUUUCAUUGCUAUACGGGACACUCAUUGCAAUUAAGUGUAGUUUAGUGAACAAAACAUAUUUAAUCAGAUAUCAAGAUGGCGUCUGGUGGAAAUUCACUUGAACAAGGAUCUGACACUAUUUUUCAGUUCCAUUGUAGUCAAUGUGUUAAGGAUGGAAAGAAUUCUGAAUCAGUUAAGUUUUGUGAAGAGUGCUAUGAUUAUCUUUGCCAAACAUGUCUGAACACACAUAAUCGUUGGGUCGCAUUGAGACGCCAUAAACUGUUAACAAUGGACGAGAUUCGUGGAAAAAUUGACAAACCAACAACAUUUGUCCGGAAAAACUGUGCAGUUCACAACGAUACAUGUGUAGAACUUUAUUGUGCUGAACAUGAUGCCGUUCUCUGUAAAGAAUGCUGCGAAAUUUCAACUCAUGAAUCGUGCUCUGCUGAGUACUUACCUAAGGUUGCAAUGAACUGCAACGAAGAACUUCGAAGUUUAAGGUUCAAAGCUAACACCAUCAAAAGGUUGUGUGAGAAUGUUGAAAAUAAGAGACUUAAAGAUAUUGCUCGCCUGAACGAACAAAGUGAUAAAUCAAAGUCUGAAAUUGAUAAUUUUGCGAAAAACUUGGUAUUUUCUUUAAACAAAUCAGUUGACAGUUUACGCAAAAAGGUAGACAAUAAGAAUGCAGGUCACAUAGACACCAUCAAUGAAGAUAUAACCAUACUACAGGAAGCAAAAGCAUAUUUAGCAAAUCACUCACAAUCAGACGAUGAAAACAAAAUGCAGCUUUUCUUGAACAUGCAAGAUGCGAAAUCAGUAGUACCGAAGUAUCAGUCUGUAAUUCAAGAAAUUGAGAAGAGAGCUGGAAAAGAAACGAUUGCCAUACGUUUUAAAUCUUCUACCAAAGCAUCUCUUACACAUUACAAAGAUAUAGCGGUUUUUAAAGAUGAAGAAGAUCCACUUUAUUCUGAUGGUGAUCUAUAUGCAAGCACAAUUAAAGAUUUUUGCCAGAUGACGGAUGGUACAAUUAUUGCAACAGAUAUUACGAACAAUAAGGUGAAGCUAUUAGAUAGCCUUUAUCGGUUGAAAGAUAGCAUAAAAGUGUCUACAUCCCCUUGGGGUGUUUGUCAAAUAGCUGAUAGCCAGAUUGCUGUCUCUUGCGAGAAGAAAAUACAGUUUUUUAAUUUACACAGGAAAAGUAAAUUUAGAUCAGAUAUUUUAAUGAAUGACAAAUGUCGUGGUAUGACAUAUUGUGGAGGUAAGUUGUUUGUUUGUUGUGAAGGUUUCGACCUAGGAGAAGGAUCAUCGCGUAUUUUGGUAUUUGAUAGAUCUGGAGAGCAAAUUCAAGACAUCAAUCACAAAGGCAUAAUUGGAAGACCAUUGUCUUUAGCAAAGAGUGAAGAUGAGCAGAAGAUUUUUGUAGCUGACAGCAAUAAAGGAAUUGUCAUUCUCAAUAUAAAUGGCCAAUUGAUUGAUGCUAUAAGACAUCCUCAACUGAAGAUCGCCGCAGGUGUUUGCGUAGGUAAAUCAGGAGAAGUGUAUACGUUCGACUACAGUUCUGGAGAAUUAUUCAAGCUUGAGCUGCACAAAGCUCUGGUCAAAAUAGAUAAAUUGGAUGUCAAGUUGAAAUGCCGAAAUAUUGUUUUGUUUGAUAGAACCCGUGAUAGAAUCAUAUCGCAAAGUGAUAACAAGGCUUCUAUAGAAUUUGUUAAUGUCUUGUAAGUCUAGCAAAUUGUUGUAGUAUAGAUAGUUUAAUUAUAGGUUUAGUGCACUUACCAGAUUGAUGAUAAAUCAGUGAAAGUAAAAUAUACACAGUGAAAUGAAUAUAGAAAUCAAAUUAGAUCUUUACUGUAGAGUACUGAGAGUACUUUUAUUAGGGGAAAACUGCAAAGCACGUGUAUGUUAAAGAAAUACACUGUCUACAAGAAUAGAAAUAUACAUUUAACAUGAAAACUUUAAUAAUUUUCAUGAUUAUUAUAUCUAGAAACAGUCCCAAAUGUACCGCCACUUUUAAUAAUAUAUAAAACAUACGUUGUACUUGGCAUAUUUAAGGUAAUGGAUACCAAAUUUUUAAACAGCAAUGUUUAUCAGAAACUAUAAAUGUAUUCAGAAAAGUAAACACCUCGUGCCGACAGAACAACUAGCUAAUAACGAUAAAAUUUCGACAUGUUUUUGCUAACAUAUUUUAUAAAAACAAAUCUGUAUGUGCACACACUAUAACUUGUACUAUGUUAGACAAUUUACAUAUCUUUUAGUAUUGCAGAAAAUAAUUGCUUUCAUCAUAGCGACAGUUGCAGUCCGUAAUUUUCAAGUUUCGAACUUUUUUAAAUAUUUUUUAAUCCAAUUGCAAACUAAUGUCUGUUUUAUAUUAUUCAAACGUUUUUUAUUAUUAUGUGUU